CGUUCCACAGUGUACAACGCGGUUCAUUCACGCACACUCGCGCGAUCGGCAGAGGCGUUGUGUGGCGCGGACCGCGGCUAACUUUUGUUUUUUUAUCGUCCUCUGUGCCUGCCACUUGCUUCCUUGCCCACGGCUUACCUGCCAGUGUUAAAACUUUUGUUAUCCAAUUCUUUUAUUCCUUUUUACUUAUCACCAAGUGAACUGUACUCAAAAAGCUCGUUUGUUCUAAAGUGCGAAGUGAAAUCUCUGCCGUGUAAGGUCCAGAUGUUGGCGCAAGCGGCAAUAACCUCGUUUUGUGUCAACAAAUAAUAAUAAACAGUGAUCGGGACAAGUUAUACUGCGCGUUCGACACAAAAAGUUAACUGUGAUGAAUUAAACAAAGCUCUAAACUGGAUGUGCAGGAGGAGAAUGGGCUUCGAUUGCUCACACAACUCGGUUGUUGCGAUUUCACCCACAUAACAUUUAUGACAUUGAAGAUAUGGCGUGGUUCAGGAUAUACAGAAUAGCAGCAUUAGUACUUUUAAGUACACUGGGGAAAGGAGAGCUUCCAGAAGAUGACUUCAGGAUAAUACAUAGACAAGAUCUCCUGGCGUCAGACAGCGAUAUCUUCGAAGAUAAGGACAGCAAGUCAUUUUCGCAACUGCUCUUCGAUGUGGCGAGGGACCAAGUGAUUGUGGGAGCAAGGGACGCUCUCUACCGCCUCUCCUUACGGAGUCUCCGCCAGCAUGAGAAGGCAGACUGGCCGGCUCCUCCAGAGAAGGUGAAGAUGUGCCAGUACAAAGGCCAGACGGAGGAGGACUGCCACAACUACGUGAAGGUUCUGCUGUUGCAUGGGCACAAGCUGUUUGCUUGUGGGACCAACGCUUUUAGUCCUAUGUGCAGUUGGAGAGAGAUUGAAUCGGUGAGCACAGAGCUGGAGUCAGUGACAGGAAUAGCCAGCUGCCCGUAUAACCCUCAUGCCAACGUGACUGCCAUCCUGACCAGUAGUGGGGACUACUAUGCUGGAACUCCGACUGACUUCGGCAGCUCUGACACUGCCAUUUGCAGGAGUACCGGAACAUCCCUUCUAUACACAGGCAUGCUGCGAACUCCUCAAUAUGACCUGAACUGGUUGAACGAACCCCAAUUCGUUGGGAGCUUCGAAGACGACAAUUUCGUCUAUUUCGUGUUCAGGGAAAUGGCCGUGGAGUUCAUGAACUGUGGAAAGACAAUCUACUCGAGGAUAGCUCGAGUGUGCAAGAAUGAUAAAGGAGGUUUUCUUCUCUUCAAAGACAAAUGGAGUACCUUUCUGAAGGCUCGCCUGAUAUGCCCAGUGCCUGGAGUCGUCCCGUUUUACUAUGACGAGGUUCAGAGCGUGGAGUAUUUGUCGCAGGAGAAGAUAUUGGUGGCUGCGUUUACUACGCCUAGCAACAGCAUAACCGGCAGUGCAGUAUGCAUCUACAACAUGUCUGACAUCCACGCGGCGUUUGAAGGUCCAUUCAAGGUGCAGGACACCCCCACAAACACUUGGGAGCCAAGGUCUCCGAGCAUACAGACUAAGGACCAUUUUAGAUGCAGACCUGAUGCUAGCACGCACCAAGCUAUAGAAUACCACAACUACAAACUAAUGUACGAGUCCAUCCAACCCAUUUCUGGGGAGCCUGUCUUCAAGGUUACCCCGCAUCGCUUCACACACGUCACUGUUGACGUCACGCAAACGAAGAGCGUGGGGAAACAGUUCGUCGUGUUCGUGUCCACACAGGCUGGGGAAGUUAUGAAGUUGGCGGUUUUACCCCGUUUCGUGGGAGCGUGCUUGGUGGAGGUGUGGAAGUUGGGAGACGGAGAAAGGAGUCUUGACGUGCAAGCGAUGCAGUUUGUGAAAGAGACUAUGUCGGUUUACAUCGGCAGUUCCAACGGCAUUCUCCGCAUUGGUAGCGAGCGCUGCGAACGCUACAAGAGUCGCUCCGGCUGCGUCGGCGCAAGCGACCCGUACUGCGCUUGGGAUAGCGCAAGGGAAAUCUGCGUGAGGGUCAGAGGAAGGACUGACCCGGAGUUGGUUCAGAACACUGGGAGUUGCCCGACUUCGACCACACCUGUGGACGGAGGCUGGUCGUCCUGGUCAACUUGGGCGCCGUGCAUGCAAGACGGGACGUCCCAUUCGGUUUACGGAGAUGAAAAGCCUGAUAUGUGCAUGUGCCGCACGCGCCGGUGCGACAACCCCAAACCGGCCAAUGGAGGACUGAGUUGCCAUGGUCCGCAAAUAUCCGUAACCAACUGCACAGUCCAUGGCGGCUGGUCACCGUGGUCGGGAUGGUCAGAAUGCUCCGCGUCCUGCGGUAUUGCGGUCAAGUCGCGCCGGCGGUCGUGCUCCGCCCCCGAGCCCAAGUUUGGAGGCCGAGUCUGUGUCGGCUUGGAUUCGCAAGAUGUGUACUGCUCUAAUCUACCUCCAUGUCCUGAUCCAGAACUAGCCCCGAUAGACGGAGGCUGGUCAUCCUGGGGUCCCUGGUCUGCUUGCACCAGCGCUGGUGGGGCCAACUGUGGCCCUUCAGCUGGGUGGAAGGAACGCAAAAGGAACUGCUCGGACCCGGCCCCCAAGCAUGGCGGCGCUGACUGCGAAGGCAACAAGACUGAGAGGCAGAUCUGUGAUCUGCGACCCUGCGAAGUUAGGAAGGCUACAGCUUGGACCCCGUGGGUCCAGAUUCCUGAUAACUCGUCAGAAGGCAGUUACAUGGAGAAGCGAUUUAAAUUCUUAUGCAAAGCUCAGUCACCAGAACAAAUCAAGCUAUCCCUAGCCAAAGAAGAAGAAAGGUACUGCACCGGUCGCGGCCGGUGUAGCAGCGAGCCCUUAGAAGAGGACAAUGGGUGGGAGCCCUGGGGCGCCUGGGGGACUUGCUCCGCCGUCUGCGGCGGGGGACAACAGGCCCGCACUAGGAGGUGUAGGAGGCAGCCCUGUUCUGGAUCCCCUGAGAUGCUUAGGGCUUGCAAUACGCAUGCUUGUUCAGGGGAAUGGUCCUGCUGGAGCGAAUGGGGCGAGUGCACCGGCGGCUGCGGCGAGGGCGGCGCCACCGGGCACCGAACCCGCACCCGCAAGUGUCUCUCUCCUGAGGGCUGCGACGCUGGCGCCGCUAUGGAGAGGCGGGUGUGCGUCAAUAACUGCGCUGAAUCCGAAGCCGGCUGGGGAGAGUGGGGCGGCUGGUCGGCGUGCGACAACGGGGAACGCGUUAGGAGAAGGGGAUGUCGGUCCGGUGCCUGUGUUGGACCACAGCUGCAGGUCUCGCUGUGUUCUGAUGACCAGGAUAUGGACAACGAACUAUACGCGAUGCCAGCCUACAGCCAGAACGUGGAGAUGGCGUCGUUCGUCACGAUGUCAGAGGAGUCAAUGAGUGUUGCCAGCAUCGUCGGCUGCGUGGUAGCCGCUUUUGUUAUGGGCUGCCUCUCCUGCCUGGCGUGCGUAAUCUUCGCCCAGCGCCGAGGGUCAAGAUUCCCUUGGCACCGGCGCACUAGAGUGCCUUCCAGCCCGCACUAUAUCACUGCUAAACAAAACAGUUACGUCACUGUGCCUUUGAAGGAAGUGCCCCGCAAAGCGAAACGCCAGCCUUCUUUCACGGGCAUCGGCGGCACCAGCGGCAUCAUCCUCUCCAAAAGCAACAACAUAGCCAACGCCAACAACCAUAACACCGCCAUGACCACCCCCAAGCUGUAUCCUAAGGCCAUAGCUAAUGAGUACGAUUCCAUGGGAACGUUAAGGAGGCACUCCAACCAGCCAAAUAAUAAAAGCAAUUUGGACACUGAAGAAGAUAAGUUUUAUUAAAGUACUGAAGAUGUAAAGGUGGAUUCACAUUGACGCGGGGCGUAAGUGGGGCGUACGUACAAAUGACGUACGGUCUUGUGUGUUUUCAACGAGAUUCUACAAUACACGUCCACGCCAUAUAACAAUGUGAUAACACCUGAAAAUUACUAUGUCCUUCGCUUUCACUAAUGCCAGUAUUUUAAAGUGAUUAUGAGGGACUCAACUCAAUAUAAUUGAAGUUUCAGAAGACCGUCCAGUUCAAGUGAAAAUGGUAUCGAUGGAUGAUUUCAAAUCUAUUCACUUAGGUGAUUAUUACUAUCCCGUAGAUGUACAUACAUACAUAACGGAGUUACUCUCUAGUUUAAUAACUAUGAAUGUAUGAAAAUCAAACCUGGUUGUUUUUGGAACUAUAAAUGAAGUGUGUGUUAAAUCAAUACAUAUCAUAUUUAAUUUGUUACUUGAUUGAAUCUCAGGCUGUGUUCUGAUGAUUCUGUUAGGUUGUGUUAAGAAGUAAACGUGCGAUUUUGUACUUAAAUGUAUGUAAAACGAUGUUUGUGAUGAUAACCCUAAGUUUUAUUGUUUUUCAUCUAAAUUAAUAUGAGUUUUUGUGACAAUCAUGGUCAAAUCGAAUCUUGAUACAAUGUAUAAUUCCUAUUGAUCGUGGAUUUUACUAACAGUGAGUUUUUUUGUUACUCAAGGUGUGGUGGAUCUCUGAUGAGCAUUUUGUGUGAGAAAAAAUGUUUUAAAAUUAUGUAUGCGAUUCAAAGUAAGUAAGUAGCUGUGGUUAGUUUGAUAAGUAAAAUCCAGUGCCAUUAAAACUAAAACUAUAUAAGUAAAUUCUAAUACUAUAAAUGUAAUUGUAUGUAAACAACUAUAAAAGUAGAGAUUCAAAUUAUCAUUAGUUAAAUAAAUUGAAGAAGCCAAUACGUGCCAUGUACAUAGAUAUAAGUUUUGUACAUAUAUUUUUAUACAUUUGACGAUAUAUCGAUAAUUAUAUUCCAUAUUCAUAAUACAAUAUAAUUGCCGACAAUUGAUUUCUGUUCAGUACAAACGGAGGUGCCUUGUGACGAAUAUUUACACAAUAUACAAUUUAUAUAUUUACAGAUAACAGACUAUAUUAAAGUUGGAUUGAUAUUCAACAUGUUAUUUGACUCAUGUUGAGUCUAUAUUGUUAUUGAAUGUUGGUACUUGGAAAUGUAUAAAAUACAUACCUUCCGGGUGUAAAAGAAAUGUCUGUUUCUUAAAAUAAAAGUCCUGAUAAAGAGGACGAAUAAUUAGCUAAUCAAACUAGUUCAUUUAUCUUCUGGUGUAUUUAGAAAUCAUCAAAUGUGUUUAUAUCUGGAGGUAU